AUGUCUGUAUCCUUGAGAUCAGCACUGCGUCCUUUUGGUUUUUCCCACGUUGUUUUUCAUCAGUGCUGUCCUUGUCUCAGCCCGAACAAAUUUCGCAAAUCACGAAAAACGUGUUGGAACUGCUACAGACAGGAAGGAAUCUCUUUAGAAGCUCAGGCAGUCAUGGGCCGGAAGGAGGACGACUAUGAGUGGAAGAAAAGCACCGAUGACAUCCAGGAGGUGUUUGACUUCAUGGAGGUGUUAGGAUCGGGAGCGUUCUCAGAAGUGUACAUGGUGAGGGAGCGGAAGACCGGAAAACUCUUUGCCAUGAAGUGUGUGAAGAAAAAACACAAGAGAGAUCUGAACCUGGAGAAUGAGAUUGCUGUGUUGAGGAGGAUCAAACAUGAGAACGUGGUGGGACUGGAAGAUUUCUAUGAGAGUCGAACUCAUUAUUACCUUGUCAUGCAGCUCGUUUCGGGGGGUGAACUAUUUGACCGUAUCCUGGACCGGGGGAUGUACUCAGAGAGGGAUGCCAGUCUAGUGAUCAGACAGGUUCUGGAGGCAGUCAAUUACCUGCACAAGAAUGGCAUUGUACACAGAGAUCUCAAGCCUGAGAACCUGUUGUACUACAGUCAAGAUGAAAACUCUAAAAUCAUGAUCAGUGACUUUGGGCUGUCUAAGCUGGAGGAGAGUGGCAUCAUGUCCACGGCCUGUGGCACCCCAGGCUAUGUGGCCCCAGAGGUGUUGGCACAGAAACCCUAUAGCAAAGCAGUGGACUGCUGGUCUAUUGGAGUCAUCACUUACAUUCUUCUGUGUGGAUAUCCCCCUUUCUAUGAAGAGACAGAGACUCGACUGUUCUCUAAAAUCAUGAAGGCUCAGUAUGAGUUUGACUCUCCUUUCUGGGAUGAUAUCUCUGAGUCAGCCAAGGACUUCAUCCGCAACAUGAUGCAGAAGAACCCAAAGAUGCGCUACACAGCAGAGCAAGCCCUCAGACACCCAUGGAUUAUUGGGAAAACGGCUCGGAGCCAGGACAUCUACCAUUCUGUCAGUCUGCAGAUCCAGAAGAACUUUGCCAAGUCCAAGUGGAAGCAAGCCUUUAACGCAGCCGUGGCCAUCAACCACAUGAAGAAGCUUCAGCUGGCUCACUCUGAGGCCCUGGUUAGGCAGAACCAGCUUCCUGUGCCGGAAAUUAAAGUCACAGAGUCGUCCACGCCCAACGCGGCUCACAAGAACCUGGUUCCAGAGAACCUGGAACCCAACGGUGGCAUACAAGCCAGUCACAUCACUGUACCAGCCAAUCAGCCAAUGGAGGCCAGGAGUCAUUACCAGAGCUUGAAGGUCAGCCACAGUGAGCCUGUCCACCAUGCCGGAGCCUUCAGCAUCUGUGAGAAGGGCAAACAUGUAUAUCACUCCGAACCAGCCAACCUCAACGGUUAUGGAAAAAGAGCCUCCAGCCGCACUGGUCAGAACUUGCAGACUGGAGUGUGUUCAGUCAUGUGA